AUGAGGAAGGCAUCAUCAGCAUUGGCACUGCUGCUCUUGUCAUUGUGCCAAUCAGCUAUAGCUGCAGCUGUCUCUUCAGAUGGUAUGUACAAUGCCGCCAAUCAAAUGUUCAUUGUCGAGGAAGUGGAAAACCUUGCAAUGAUGAAUCAACAUCAUCAAGAACGUCGCCUCAAUGUGGUCGUCGUCAACGAAUGUUUGGAUGCUACCGACUAUUUCGCUUGGGAUAGCACCAAUGCUGGUGAAAACUUGCUUCGAUUGUAUUAUGAAUGCACCUGUUCGGGAGAUUUCGGUUCCGAGUUUUCCAUGAUUUGCGUGUUGGACAAUCAUUGCUUUGUUGGUGGCAAUGGUGGUGGUGGUGACGAGGAUGUCAUUUCUACCGCUCAAAACACAAACCUCACAUUCCCAACGACGGAACAAUGCGUCACUCGGAGCUUUACCUAUGAUUUUACUGUGGACACGUUUACUGGAGCAAUCUCUGAUAUUUCUCGCUUCGGUUCUUCCGAUGUCUUUGAAUCCGGAUUUGGAUUCACUGGCAACUUCACCAAUGUCAAUUACAAUCCCUGCCGCAUUGCAUUGCAACUGGAAUACGAUUAUACUAUUCAAGAUGCAAUUGCUACCUGCAACAAUCGAACCACCUGUGAGGCCUUUUUCAAUGAAAAUACAACCCGAACGCCAUUAGAGAUUGAUUAUAUUUGUCCAACAGUACUGUACAAUGAUGUGGAAUGCCAGGCAUUCAACCUGUUGGCAUGUGCCGAUUUUGAUGAGACAACACAGACCCGUUAUGUCGCCAUGCCAGAUUGCAGCAACGUCAAUCCAUGUCUUACUACCUCCUGUCAAGCCUAUCCUCGAAUCGAUACAGCUCCGGAACGAUUUCUCUUUCGAUAUCCAGAAUGUGAAAAAAACGAGGAUGCUGAUGAUGAUGAUAAUGAGCCAACAAACAGCACUACCACAUCCCCUUCUCUUGCUCCCACCAUCAUGGUAACCCCCGGCGAUAAUGAUUCCAUUUCACCAACGUUAGAGCCAACUGCCUUUGAUUUAUGCUCCCACGCUGUCGACUAUCUUGGAACGACGCAGAGCCUCAAGGAAAACUACGACUGCUCGUGUUCUGGAGGCAGCGACUCGAAUUUGGUAAUGGAUUGCACGAUUCAAGAAUAUUGCUUCCUCGACAAACAAUCGGCUUCCUUGGAAUAUUGCGUCAACCACAAUCUUACCUUUACUUUCACCUUGGACGACAACAAUGUGACCAAUGGUGAUAUUUUGGACAUUACACGGGCUGAAUCCUGUACGGAUUUUCUGCAAAAUGGUCCAACGGGACGACUUUGCCGAAACGAUUGGAGCAUUUGUCGGCUUGCACUGUACGAUGUCUUGGAAGAUAUGGACGGUGUGCUAGAAAUAUGUUUGGAUCGUCCAACGUGCAUUGGUUCCGUCCAAGAUUUGCUAAACUACACUCUCGCGGAAGCCGAAUAUCUUUGUCCGUCCGUCACCUUGGAUGGUCAAGAAUGCAACAGUGUGGGUUAUGGGGAUUGUGGCGAACAAGACUUUGUCAAUAACUUGUUCUUUCGGAACAUGCCGGACUGUAGCAAUAUAGAGUCCUGUGCGACUUCCACUUGUCAAACGGCGGUGAUUCGAGAUCCAACCCCACAACGAUUCAUGGAGACCUAUCCCCAAUGUGGGUUGCCCAAUUCUGGUGGUGGAAGUGGGGGUGGAGAUGGAGAUGAAACGCCGACCAACAGUCCUACUAUAUCUCCUGGAGAUGUGGCUCCGGGCGAUACCAUUAGUGCCAGCGCUGCUGUAACGAGGGCUCGGGUCGAUUACGCCCUUGCGUUCACCAUCUUGCUCGGUGCUGUUGCAGCUUCCAUGUUCAGCCAAUGGUGA